CGCUGUAAUGACCAGUAGCCGCAGUGGAGAUCACUAUGACCACAGCUCGGUUCAAUCACAGUUAAAUACCGCUAACCUUUAAACUUUAUCCAGAGUUCCAUUCAAUUCCAGGGGGAAAAUCAUUCUUUCUCACCUCGUAAGGGUCCUGAAGAGUCGCAGCCCUGCAUUCCAAAAAGGAAGACGAGUACUUCACCAUGAACUCAGACGAUGGUGACAUGGAGAACCGGGCUGAGCUGGAGGAGAAGACCAGGCUCAUCAACCAGGUGCUGGAGCUUCAGCACACCUUAGAAGACCUGUCGGCCCGGGUGGACGCCGUCAAGGAGGAGAACCUGAAGCUGAAGUCGGAGAACCAGGUCCUGGGUCAGUACAUCGAGAACCUGAUGUCGGCCUCCAGCGUGUUUCAGACCACCGACACCAAGAGCAAGAGAAAGUAAGGAGGGAGCGCACACACAUGCACGCACGCACACACACACACACCUGUACGCUCAGCCUGACCCCAUCCGGACCAGGACCUGGCCCUCAAAGACCAGAAUCCCUCCAUGAACCUGGACUCGGACUGGAAACGAUCGAUCGAAGGUCACAUGGAGUAAACUGCAGUAGAGCCACACUAAAUGGCUCGGGUACCAGGAUGUUCAUGACACCGGUGCAGGAGGAGCUCCUGGGAUCCCUGCUGCUCUGGAUCGGCCUCCUUCAGUGUUUCAGCCUUCAGCUCGGGUCUUUUUUCGUCAGAAGACACUAAAAUGGUUCAACAGCAACAAUUUGUCAAAAGAAUCCAAUGUGGCAAAGUGAAGUGAAGCUGGUUGCUGCCUGGCCAGCAGGCGCCCCCUGUGGUCCUCUCUGGUACUGCAGCUGUCAGUGACAGGACUCACUUCAGAAGGUCAAGGGUCAAGACCACAUGAGGGAGUUUAUAAAGUGCCAUCACUGCAUUUUGGAUCUGCUUUAUUACAUUUCUAGUCUUUUGUUUUCUAUUUUUUGAUGGAUUUUCCUGCUUUAGAGCCAUUCAGCGAUGCUACAUACUGAGCAGAAAGAAAAUGUCUUUUUCCCACUUUUUUUCUUUUCCUUAGCAAACAAAAGAAACAAUAUUUAAUUUAUUUUUUGAUUGUUAUCCUUGUUUCUGAGUCAUUCCAUUGCUUCUGUUUUCCUUCAUCGUGGACAUGAGACCAUAUCUGAAAAUCAAUGUGAAAUGCUAAUGAAAUAAAAAAAUAAAAGCCUGUCUUUGUAAAUGAUUUAACGGAGGCCUGACGGAGCCGCUGGAGGUUUUCUGAACCUGAAGUAGAUCCCGGUGAGAGGAAGGAGGAGUGUUAUUUCUUGUUUACAUGUUUGAACUCUGGGCUGAAUAAAGUCUGUAGUUUGAC